AUGCCUAACACGCUGCGGUGCGGCGCCCGGCAGGCGGCGACGGCGGUGGGAUCGGACCUCGCCCCCGUCAUCGACAUCUCCAGCUACGACCCGUCGCAGCGGGCCGACCCGGCGCUCCUGGAAUCCGUCCGGGUCGCGUGCGAGCACACGGGGUUCCUCACUGUCCUGGGCCACGGCGCGGACCUGCUCCUAGCGAAGCUCUGUAUGGAACUAGGCGCCGAGGCCUUCGACCUGCCCAUGGAACGCAAACGCGAGCUAAUCGUACAGGACAUGACGGUGGGCCGCGGCUACGAGAUUUCUCCCGAGCACCGGCGGUACGCGCAGCACUUCGUCGAGAACGUGCGCCCGGGGCACUGCUGCUGGAGGGCCCACCCGGAGCCGAGCGCGCAGGAGGGCAUCCUGUCCGAGCGGCUCAUGUGCGGACCCACGCCGGGGGACCCGGAGCGCCUCGGCCUGCCCGCCGACUACUUUACGAGCGACCUCGGCCAGGCCUUCUUCGCGCCCAACGCGUGGCCCGACGCCGAGGUUCCGAAGCUGUCCAAGUCGAUGAUGCGGCUCUACCGUCAGCUGGACGACAUCGCCUCCCGCCUGCUCCUGCUCUUUGCGGAGGCGCUGGACGCGGACCGCGAGGCGUUCGCGCGCGCGCUCGCGGGGCAUCACAGCAACAUGCAGGUGGCGAACUACCCGAGCCUGCUGUCCGAGCCGGGGCCUGACGACAUCAGGAAGAAGGCCCACACCGACUCAGGGACCAUGACGCUGCUGCUGUCAGACGGGUGGAUGCGCCGCGGGCACCGGCGGCAGGGGGCGCCGCGCAAGGGGCCGGGGCUGGGGGGCCUCGAGCUGUACGUGGGGGGGGAGUGGGUGCCCGUCAGGGUCGAGGAGGGCGCCAUCCUGGUCAACAUCGGGUCGCUGCUCACGGUGUGGACGAACGGGCUCUGGAAGAGCACGCUCCAUCGCGUGACGAAUCCCGACGUGUCGCGCGCUGAGGAGUCCCGACGCAUCAGCAUCGCGUUCUUCCAGAAACCCAACUACAACACUGUUGUCGAGCCGCUCCCGUCUUGCGUGGCGCGCACGGGCGGCGCUGCGCGCUUCGAGGCGACGCCCGUGAGCGGCCUCACCCGGCAGGGCAUCAUGCACAGCCUGCGGCAUCUACCAGCGGAGGAGGCGUCGGCGAGGUACCACGAGCUCAUGUUGAAGAUCAGGGACGCGCAGGGGAGCUGA